AUGAUGAAGCAACUUCUUUGUCAAUUAUUUUCUGGUCAAUGUAAAUUAAAAUCUCUUCGACUUGAUAUUAGCAACGACUUUAUAAAUAAUGAUAUUCAUCGUUGUUUAACAUCAAACUAUUAUCCCUCAACGGGUCGUUGUUGUGCUCUACGUCGUUUGGAUAUUCGAAUUGAAUAUGCAUGUUUUCUUGAAAAUCUUAUUGAACAUGUGCCAAAUCUUGAACAAUUGUCAAUUGAAUUUCAGUUUUCAUUAAAAUUUGAUUCAUUAUGGAAAACAAAUUUUGAAAUAUUGGAACAAUCAAAUGAAAAUUGGUUGAAUAAAAUACCAAAACUACGAUGUUUUAGUUUAAAAACAUCGAUCGAUAGCAAUGAAGAAUUUAUUUAUUUGAAAUGGUUAUUGAAUAAUUUGAAUUAUGUUGAAAAACUUGAAAUUCAUCUUAAGAACUAUGAAAUACACGAAACAGAAUCGAACAAUAUAUGGAAAUCUUUCAUUGAUGCCAAUUUUGUUCGUCAAUAUUGUUUACCUGAUAGAAUAAUUAAUUUAAUUGAUUUUAAUUUUUAUAUUUGUUCACAAUAUGAAUUAUCAUGUAAUGAUAUUGAAAAAAGAAUAAAUUCAUUUAAUAAUCAUCCGUUUUUUCUUGAGCGUCAAUGGACCAAUGUGAAAUUUUUAUAUGAUCCAAUAGUAUCAUUUCAACAUCUUUUCUCUGAUUUCACAAAUUCAUCUCAAUUCUCUUAUCACCUGAUGUAG